AUGGCUACUGCAGUUGAGCUUGCAAUAGAAAAAAUAGAUGAAGUUAAAUCAAGACUUGGGAGAACGCUAGGGACUCCGAUGAGAUUGAGAGAUCUUAUAAGGCAAGUCAGGGCAGCCAGAACAGCAGCUGAAGAACGAGCUGUGGUUGACAGAGAAAGUGCUAAUAUAAGAGAAAAUUUCCGCGAUGAUGAUUCUCCCUGGAAAUGCCGUAACAUAGCUAAACUUUUGUAUAUACACAUGCUAGGUUAUCCAGCUCAUUUUGGACAGAUGGAAUGUAUGAAACUUGUAGCUCAACCCCGCUUCACUGACAAAAGGAUAGGCUAUUUGGGAGCUAUGCUUCUAUUAGACGAAAGAAGUGAAGUUCAUUUAUUGGUCACCAAUUCGCUGAAAAAUGAUUUGAAUGCUUCCACUCAAUUUGUUGCUGGAUUAGCAUUAUGUACUUUGGGUUCCAUCUGCUCAGCCGAGAUGUGUCGUGAUCUUGCAAAUGAGGUUGAAAGAAUUAUUAAGCAAAGUAAUACUUAUACGAAGAAGAAGGCUGCUCUGUGUGCUUUCCGAAUUGUUCGAAAGGUACCUGAACUAAUGGAAGUUUUCAUUCCCAGCACUAGAUCCUUGUUGGGAGAAAAGAAUCAUGGUGUGCUCAUGGGUGCUACAACCUUAGUAACAGAAAUGUGUGAGAAAAGUGUAGAUGUGUUGAAUCAUUUCAGAAAGCUCGUUCCAAAUCUUGUCCGGAUUUUGAAAAACUUGUUAAUGAGUGGUUAUUCACCGGAACAUGAUGUUACUGGAAUUAGUGAUCCUUUCCUUCAGGUUAAAAUAUUGCGAUUGCUACGUGUUUUGGGUAAAGACGAUCCCAAGGCUACUGAGGAAAUGAAUGAUAUCUUGGCCCAGGUAGCAACUAACACAGAGACAGCCAAAAAUGUCGGAAAUGCCAUUCUAUAUGAAACUGUUCUAACCAUCAUGGAAAUCAAAAGUGAAAGUGGUCUCAGAGUAUUGGCCGUGAAUAUAUUGGGUCGAUUCCUUUUGAAUCCCGACAAGAACAUUCGUUACGUUGCUCUGAACACUUUGUUGAAAACCGUUGGAGUGGAUUACCAAGCUGUUCAGAGACAUCGAACGACUGUGGUCGAAUGCUUGAAAGAUCCCGAUGUAUCAAUCAGAAAGAGAGCAAUGGAACUCUGUUUCGCUUUAAUCAACAAAACUAAUAUAAGCAACAUGACUAAAGAGAUUUUGAUUUUCCUGGAAACCGCUGAUCCCGAGUUUAAGGCUGAAUGUGCAUCCAAGAUGUAUGUAGCCACUGAAAGGUUCUCCCCUAAUCAUGAGUGGCAUCUUGAUUCUAUGAUAACCGUCCUGCGCUUGGCCGGAAAUUAUGUUCCUGAUGAAGUUGUGUCAUGCAUGAUUCAAUUAAUUUCUUCUCAUGCUGAACUUCAACAUUACGCUGCUGUCAAACUCUUCAGAGCCGCUCAAAAAGACUCAAUCAACGCCCAACCACUAUUACAAGUUGCCUUCUGGUGCCUCGGAGAAUUUGGAGACUUAUUGCUACAAUCGCAUGAUGCUGAUUCAGCCGUGCUGAAUGAAUCGGAUGUCAUUGAUAUUUUUGAACAAAUAUUGCCUUCAACACUAACUUCCAUUGUAACCAAAUGUUACGGUGUAGCUGCUUUAGCCAAACUCGCAACUAGAUUUUCCUCUGGUGUUGAAAGAAUCAGUGCACUGAUACGAGCCAAUCAAGCUCAUAUCCAUCUCGAAUUGCAACAGCGCUCUGUAGAAUUCACUAGAUUAUUACAACAAGGCGAUUUGAAAUAUGGCUUGUUGGAAAGAAUGCCUGUAAUUACUCACAACUCAUUGAAUGCUGCUGCUUCACCUAUGGAUGACAUCUACAACAGCGAAGAAAGCAAAGCUGCUGAAGCAACUCCUUAUUUAGGAGAAGCCGAUCUUUUAGAUAGUUUAGGAGCGUCUAAGCCAGAGUCAUCAGCUAAUCUCCUGAUUGAUGUGCUGGGCAACCUGGAAAAUUUAAAAAAUAAUGAUUACUUGGGUAGUGAUCUCACGGAUUUCCCCAAAAACGAAGAAAUUAUCGUAUUGAAUAGCAUGGGAUUCGAGGCUGUGAUGGAAGUUGCGGGUACUUGGAAAGACGAGAGCGUUCAGCUGAUUUUGAAAAUGAGAAGCAACAACCCUGUCCCUGUAACGAACGUUGCUUUCUCUGCUGCUGUAACCAAAGCAUUCGAGAUCACAUUGUCACCUGCAAGUGGACAAAGUUUGAACGGCCAUAAUGAAAUUACUCAAAAAGUGAACAUAGUCAGGAAAACAGUUGGACAAAAACUGAGAAUGAAAGUCAGAGUUGUUUUCCAUAUUAAUGAUUCUGUAAAAACUAUUGACGGUACAGUCAAUGACUUCCCCGGACUGUGA